GGGCCCAAAGAAGGCGGGCCUUCCGUCCAGCUCUCCGCUGUUGCCAGGGGAAACAGCCGCAGGGUGGCGGAAGGAGCUGAGGACCGGCUGUCGUUGCCGAGGCGGGGGCGCGGGAACGAUGGCGCUCAUGGCGGCCUCGGGGCCCGGGUGUCGCACUUGGUGCUUGUGUCCCGAGGUGCCAUCCGCCACCUUCUUCACUGCGCUGCUCUCGCUGCUGGUAUCCGGGCCCCGCCUGUUCCUGCUGCAGCCGCCCCUGGCGCCCUCGGGCCUCUCGCUGAAGUCGGAGGCCCUGCGCAACUGGCAAGUUUACAGGCUGGUGACCUACAUCUUUGUCUAUGAGAAUCCGAUCUCCCUGCUCUGUGGUGCCAUCAUCAUCUGGCGCUUCGCUGGCAAUUUUGAGAGAACUGUGGGCACCGUCCGCCACUGCUUCUUCACCUUGAUCUUCGCCGUCUGCUCUGCUAUCAUCUUCCUGUCCUUUGAGGCUGUGUCAUCACUGUCAAAGCUGGGGGAGGUGGAAGAUGCCAGAGGUUUCACCCCGGUGGCUUUUGCCAUGCUGGGAGUCACAUCUGUCCGUUCCCGGAUGAGGCGGGCCCUGGUGUUUGGUGUGGUUGUGCCAUCAGUCCUGGUGCCAUGGCUCCUGCUGGGCGCCUCUUGGCUCAUUCCCCAGACCUCUUUCCUCAGUAAUGUCUGUGGACUUUCGAUUGGGCUAGCAUAUGGCCUCACAUACUGCUAUUCCCUCGACCUCUCAGAGCGAGUAGCACUGAAGCUUGAUCAGAAGUUCCCCUUCAGCCUCAUGAGAAGGAUAUCCAUGUUCAAGUACGUCUCGGGAUCUUCCGCUGAAAGAAGGGCAGCCCAGAGCCGGAAGCUGAACCCUGUGCCCGGCUCCUAUCCCACACAGAGCUGCCACCCUCACCUGUCCUCAAGCCACCCUGUCACGCAGAUGCAGCAUGCCAGUGGUCAGAAGCUAGCCUCCUGGCCCGCCUGCACUCCCGGGCACAUGCCCAGCCUGCCCCCCUACCAGCCUGCCUCCGGCCUCUGUUACGUGCAGAACCAUUUUGGUCCCAACCCCAACUCCUCCAGUGUCUACCCAGCUUCUGCGGGAACUUCCCUGGGGGUCCAGCCGCCUGCCCCUGUCAGCUGCCCUGGCACAGUAUAUUCCGGGGCCCUGGGCACUCCAGGGGCUGCAGGCUCCAAGGAGUCCUCAAGGGUCCCCAUCCCCUGAGAGAAUUUCUGGGGAAGUUAUCUCAUACCUUGGCCUUCUGAAGAAGGUCCUCUCUGAGCUAAGAUUUUCCUGACCAAUUAUUUAUUGAACACCUCU